AUGACAUCAACCGUCGAGGCUCAGCUGGCCGCUAUCAACGGCAUGGCUACCGCCUCUCAGAAUCCCGACAGCAGCGCCUCCUUGUCUUCCUUUUUGCGCAUUCACAACAAUCUCAUUGCUGAGCUCGCCAAGAUUCCCCAGUCUGAGUCUUGUCACGACCUGAUUGACACUUGCACUGUCAAUUCAUCCAUGGGUCAUGAUGCAGACUACGUCGUUGCUCUUACCAAUGGUGUCAGAACAGACAAGGAGGUCUCGGCAAAACAAGUUGCACGGUUUUGGUGGUUGGAGUGCGGCUUUGGCAACGUCUCCACGUGUGGCGCCCGAGGGCGCCGAGGUUCUGGGCCCCGACACUCUGGGUGCCCCGAACCUGGAUCUGGGCGACCGCUCGACCAGAUCGCCGUCGCUGCGGGCCGCCAGAGAAGCGAGGUUGGUGGCGCCGCCCACAUGGCGGACCUGGAUGGGGGCGGCUGGUCCGUCCUGUCCGCUGGCCAGGGCGGCUGGCACCGAGAGGAGGACGAGGGCGGUUAG